UCGGGCAUCGCUGGUCCGUAGGAGAGCCGUAAUGGCGGAGAACGUGCGGUCGCCUUUCGACUACCGAGAGCCCCCGACCCUCGACAGCGAUGGAGACGGCAGCAAGCCCGCGCCGUCCCGGGGGUUGUCUUGCAGACGUGUGUGUGGGAGGAAGAGGAAGGGGACGCCGGUGAAGGUGUGUGAUCGGGCGUAUGUGACUGAAGAUGAAGAGGAGAGUAUGUCUGAGCACAGCUACAGUCCAGGUGAUGGGCAGUAUCCGGACGGAGCAGAGGACCGUCUCCCUCCACCCGGCAGCCCGUACUACCUCGCUGACCCCACCCAGCUGUGUGUAUCGGAGCUGGGGGAGGAGGGGGCGAGUGGGGUCCGCGGGCCUGUGCUCUUCCACCCCCCACCGAACUGCAGGAUCAGAGAGGUGCAUUGUGGGAGCCAGGUGAGGCUGGUCGUCAUAGCGAUUCGAGACAUUGCCAAAGGAGAGGAAAUAACGGUGGAUUACAGCCUGACGGACUGGGGGGAGAACGCCAUGGGUUUCCAUCGCUCCGUAUCGCCGCGCGGCUUCGACUGCGGCUUCAAUCCAGACAACAACAUCAAAAAGGAGGAGGAGGCAGGUCCUCUUCCUCUCUCUCUCACCGUCUCAGACUACCUCACUCCUUCCUGGUCUCUCUCUCCCUCCUCUUCUCCGCUCUCUCACUCCGAGGCUAGCGACUCAGACCGCGAGGAAGAUGAGGAGGAGGAAGAAGACGACGAUGACGACGACGAAGAAGAGCUGGAAGACCUGAGAGGCCGAAUGAUGCAACGGCGAAAGAAAAGGAAGACGGCCCCCGCCUCCAAGAAAAAGGCCCAGAGAGUUCAGCCCCGCCCCCUUUCUUUUGCUCGCUCCGCCCCUUCUUCAUCUCCUUUCCAGACACCACUGGCUCCUCCCACCACGAACAUAAACAACAACAUUAACAUAAACAUCGGGCGUGGCACCGGCGGCACGGUGAGCAGGCGGCAGCACUGUCCAUACUGCGGCCGGAACUUCCGCUCCCUCGCCCGACACCUGGAGAAACACCACGACCAGCAGCCAGAAAUCCGCGCCGCCAUGGAGCUAGCGCACCUACGCUCCUCACAAACCUCCACCGCCACACACCCCGCCGGCUCCGGCUCACACUCCUUCACCUCCCCCCUGCAGCCCUCCACCUCCUCCUCCGCCGCUCCUGGUCCCUCGCUGUUCUCCCGAGAGCGGGAUUCACAGUCCGCCUCCAAUUCCGGAGCUGUGUCCUUCUCCCUGUCCCUCUCUCCCACCUCCACCACCAACAACACCACCUCCUCCACCUCCAAAAAACCUCCACCCGCCCUCGCCACCCCGCCCAGGAAAACCACAGUGUCCGCCUCCACGCCCCCCAUCAAAGCCCCGCCCGUAACGCCCAGCGUCACUCCUCCCGCCAGGAGGGGGCGCCGGCCCAAGAAGGAGAAGCAGGAGGAGCAGCAGAGGAAGCAGGAGGAGCUGGAGAAGGCGAAGGAGGAGCCUCCUCCGACUCCAGGGCGAGAUGAGAAGGACAAGGUGGAGGAAGAGGAGGAGGAGGAGGAGGAGGACGAGGAGAUGAACGAAUCGAGAGACAAUGACAGUGGAGAUGAAAAGAAUGGAGAGACAGACAGUUCUCCCCGCUCUCACAUGCCCCCGCUGCUGUCCUCUCUCUCCACGCUGGUUCUGUAUUUGCGACGGCAGCAGCACUCCUCCUUCCUAUCGCUCUCUCGCGCCGGCAGCUCGGCCGAGGCCUGGCGGCUGCUGUGCCACUCCAGCCUGGCGCUCCUGAUCCUCUACAACCGGCACCGCGAGUGUGAGGUGGCCAAGCUGACCGUGCAGGACUACCGCAGCCGGGUCACCCCCUCACCUUCAUCCUCCUCCUCCGGCAGCGGUAACUCCUCUAACUCCUCCCACUCGCCUCUAGAGGGCACGCUCUCUCCUUUUGAGCGGCAGGUGCUGUGCCACCGCCCCCGUGUGGGUGUUCUGGGGAAGCGCGGGCGAGUUCAGCCGCUGAUCCUCCCGCCACAUUCAGAAGCCUGCCUGGACCUGCUGCUGAAAACCUCUGCGGACGUGGGCGUGGACCCCCAGAGUCCCUACGUCUUCUCCCGUCCCUUCCACUCCCCUGCCACCCCCUUACGUGGCACAGACCUUUUGCGGGGCCUGGCGCGCUCCAGUGGAGCGAAGAACCCCACGGCGCUGACGGCGCCCCGCGCCCGCCGGCAGGUGGCCAUCUUGACCCAGCUCCUGAUGCUGGAGGAAGGGGAGAAGCCCCAGGGAGUUGCCGCCAAACGCCUGGAGGAGUUCCUCCAGAAGGAGUACCACGUGACCCAGAGCUGCACCAGGAUAGGCCAGGACCCGGCGCUGAUGGGCAGAGUGAGCCGGGUGGUGCUGUACGGGGAGAGAGACGGCGUGCUCUUCAGAGGCAUGAGCCUCCAACACAUCUGUCUGGAGUUGGACGUGAUGUCGGGGAACUCCGGGGACUCGUUUUCAGAGGAGUCGGAGGUGGAGGGAGAGAAAAGUAAGGAGAAAGUGGAUGGAGGGAAGAAGGCGGGAGUGAACGGACGAGGGCCGCGUCCCAAAAAGAGCUUUAACCCUCACGUCUUGCCCACUACACCCUCCCCCUCCGCCGGUCACAAGAGAAGAGCAGCACAGAUCAAAUCAGGAAAGCGCGGGGUGCUGAAGCGGCCGUGGUCCGAGGCGGAGCGCGUUGCCGUGGAGACGCACCUCAAGCGCAACAUCCUGGAGCUGCGAGUGCCGGCGAAGGCGGACUGUGAGCGAUGCCUCCAGCACUGCCCCCUGCUGGUCACCAACCAGCGAGACUGGAGAGCCAUCAAAUUCUACUGCCACAACCGCAUCCAGCUCCUCAAGAAACAGGGGCGGAGGGAGGGCAUCGGAACAGCCGGCUGUUAACUCUCAACACACACACAUAUACACACACACACACACACAAGACUUCAAAUGUGGGGUUGAAGAAGCGACUGACUGCACACACACUUAUGCAUUCUUGUAUAUUGAGGGGAGCCAUGUAUCAGUGUAUCCGUUAAACACACACACGCACACACACACACUGAUAAUUAAAUGACUGUGGUGUGGAAGAAGACAUGCCUCUACAGAAUGUGGAUAUAUUAACGGACAGAUUCACACAGUCCUUCAAAGUGAAUACCUCGUAUCCUGGUCACUGAUAUUCAGACUGGAGUGCCGUGUUUUUUUUUGUUUUUUUGUUUUUUUUUUGUGGACGUAAAUAUGAUGGGAGGAAGAUGCCGGAAAUUUUGCCCAGACUCAACAACACAGCUGAAAACACGUCUCUGAACUGAAGCAAACCCUGUAGAUUUGAUCCAAAAGACUGCAGCUGUUUCUCUAUCAGCUCGUUUGUUUGUUUGUUUGUUUUUUAUAUGCUAACCCCUGAUUUGUCUAGUGGAGUAUCGCGGUUGGACUGAUUGUGAUAAAUUUAUAUACAGAUUUUUAUGCUGAUCUGUGGUGGGGGGGCGGGGUUAUACGUUGGUGGUUAGUUUCUGUGGGACCACAUCAUCCCUGAGUUUUAAUAAGGAUUUACUGAAGAUCAUAAAUUAUUUAUCUGUGUUCACCUGAACAAGCCAAGUUUCUACAGCCAGAAAUCCCUGAGCUCGUCUGCAGCAGGUCAGCAUUUUUGCAGUCAAAGAUUUCAUUACACCCGUCUGCUUAUUUUACACUUUAUUUUGAGAGUCGGUGUUCAUUCUGUACCUCAAACGGAAUGUACACGAUUCCGGAGGUUUUUAAAAAUGUAGGUUUUUAUUAAUGUUAUUUUCAAAAGAUCUCCGUGCACACAGAACACAUGCAAUACCAAUAAAAACGCUGCAAUUCAAACCUCCUACCAAAUAACAUCAAAACACACGCAAAAGAAGAGAACUUGGAAAUAAUUUUCUUAUUAUUAUCUAUUCUCAUAUUUUAAAAACGCUAAUACUCUUGCUUUUAAUUUACAACCACUCCACCAUUGCUGGAUCAUAGGAACAAUACUCUGUAUGGUUUUUGUACAGCGGGCAUUUCAAGAAUUUCAAAUGCCUCUACAGUUCACAACAUUUUAGAUAGAACUAUGAAAAUACUCAUAGAACAUUUUAAACAGCGCGAUCCGAUUUACAAUUUUAAUAAAAAUAUCAGGGCUCUUUCUGAAGCUAAGCUAUGUAAACUAAAACUGACAUGAAAAGACUCCCUGUGUGACGUCAGCACUUUUAAAGAACUGUACAGCUCCACCAGCAGCGCAGUUUCCCAAAAUCUUCAUCCUGAAGAGCGUUUUCUGAAAGCCAGAGGUGGGAGGAUCAAUCAAAAUAUUGAUAAUAUCGAUAUCGGCGCUACCAAUCGAUACUUAUGUUUUUUUUCUCUCCCACACGCACUGACUGCUGCACACGUGGAUUCAUCAAAGACUACUCUCUGACUACUCGCUGCAUGGAGCAUUGUUGUCGAUAUCAGCAAUACUUGGUAUUGGAUUGAUACCAAAAUUUCCAGUAUUGUCCACCUCUACUAAAAGCUCUGGAAAGAGUUUUAAGAGUUUUUAAAGACCUAAAUUGCAGUUUUCGUGUGUUUGCAGACACAACUAAAUAUCCGGAUCUGUACAGACGGGCCCUAAAGACAAUAAAUUUAUGACCUUACUAAACUAAAAACAUGUUAAAUAUAACUAUGUUUAAGGUCAUAAAUUCUUCUGCUAUAAAUCUAAACCGUAAAACUAAUCCGAACUGUAACCACAUUGAUCUAAAGGUGUAUCUAAGAAUAAACAUCAGCACAACCUUUACCUGAACGCGUGCUGAUCGAUAAUCUACUGCUGGCUCUCAAAAUGAAGUGUUUCUUCAUGUUCACCUGAUGAAUUGAAAUUAUGUUAAGUUCAAUGAAAAGGUCAAACAUUUCAAGGUGAUUUCCAUUUUUCUCCAGUGUUUGAAAAGUUCACUCAUGGUGGGGGUGUGUGUGUUGUGCUGGUACAGUGAGUGGAUCAGAUACAGCAGUGCUGCUGGAGUUCUUAAACACCUUAAUGUCACUGCUGGAUUGGACCUUUUGGAGGCAUCCUGUGGGAGCAGCCUCCUGUGGGAAACGUCCUGUGGGAGCAGCGUCCAAUAAAAGGCAAUAAAAUCUUCAGACGUCUGAAUAACAGCAUCCACCACCACUUUUUAGGUUUUAACCUAUUUAAUGAAGCAGAAGUUUUUAAAGAUGACGUGGAAUCUUCCGUAAAUCGUGGAGGAAUGGAACAGUUUUUAACUGGAAAUCAGCUUAAAAGUUAUUUUUUUAAGAAAGAAAGCAUCAUUUCAUCCUCUGUAAUCAGACAGUGAUCUGCACUGCUCCAAAAAUGAAGGGACACAGCGUAGAUUGUGGAUGAAGAAACAUUUAAGCUGAAAACCUUCACUGAUAUAAUGUGUGUAGUUAAUUAGUUGAAAACAAAAUAACUCAUGAACGUAAAUGUCUAAAGUAAAACAUUGAUGAGACGGCGGAUGGUGUUUUAGGUGAUGUUCUCCCAGACCUGGAUCAGGGUCUCAGUGAGCAUCAUCGACUCAGCAGCAUUAGAUGUACUUACAAGGUUUGGACAAUGAAACUGAAACACCUGGUUUUAGACCACAAUAAUUUAUUGUCCGGACAGACAGUUCUGGUGGAAACAGGAGAGUUAAGGUGCACAUUAAAUUCUAUCGUGACAAUAACGUACAAUCUGGGUUAGCACCCGAACAUUCUUUUCAGACAGCUUCCUCUUGGGUCCACAGUUAAUCCUGUUGGAUGUGGUUGGUCCUUCUUGGUGGUAUGCUGACAUUACCCUGGAGACCGUGGCUCUUGAUGCAUCACAAAGACUUGCUGUCUUGGUCACAGAUGCGCCAGCAAGAUGUGCACCAACAAUUUGUCCUCUUUUGAACUCACCCAUAAUGUUGUGUGCAUUGCAAUAUUUUGAGCAAAGCUGUGCUCUUACCCUGCUAAUUGAACCUUCACACUCUGCUCUUACUGGUACAAUGUGCAAUUAAUGAAGAUUCAAUUUAGCCAUGAAACCACCCCAAAUUAAAAUGACAGGUGUUUCAUUUCAUUGUCCAACCCAUGUAGAUAUAAAAUCCCAGAGGUUCUGAACUGGAUUCAGGAUCAAGCCUUUAUUAUCCAAGAACUGCCUGCACACUCUUGACCACAUGAAGCCGGGCAUCGUCCUACUGCACCAACAUGAGGUCCAACACUGGCUCUGAGGCGUUCAUCUCUGUAUCUAACAGCAUUCUGGGUACCUCCCCAGACCGGCCAUGCUGGAUAAUGUUUCAGUGAGAAUAAGGUCUCCUGUGAGGAGAACAGGGCGCCAGUGGUGGACCUGCCAGUUUUGGUGUCAUCUUCAUAGAGUCUGACAGUUUAAUCAGAAGACUCUCUGUAGGACUUUUUUUGUUUUUGGGGGUGUGUCUUCCCAAAGCAGGUGAACGUGAUUCACAGUGGUUUCUGAUUCCUAACUGUGCAGCUUUAUAUCCCUGAGGUGUAACAGACUAAAAACUGUAAUAAAAGUAAAAGAGUAAAAGAGUAAAACUGUAAUAAAUACGUGUUCCCUUUUUGUUUAGAGGAGUUUAAUUCAGUGAAGGGAGGAACUGUGUUGUCUUGGUUGUGGAUCUGCUGCAGAGAAACUGUAGAAAAUAUUCAGUGAAAAACCUUUUAGCCGAGAACUUAGGCUUAGGCUUUGUUUCAUUUAUUAUUUUUGCUUCAUUUUUGCUCUUUGACCAAUUGAGGACCUAUUUUUACCACAUUUACAGUAUUUUAGAUAAGCUAAAGCCUUUGGUUUUGUUUCAUGUUAAAUAUUCGUCUUGGUUUCUCCAGCUGUUGAGUGUUUAUUGAUAUACUAUCAGUGAACUCAUGCUAGCAGACGUGGCUAUCGUGUUUUUCCAUUGUGUGUGAAGUUCUGUACAUUCUGUAAAUACGUACUUAUAUAAAAGUGCUACAUUUUGUUAGGAGUUUUUUCUUGUUUUCUGUUACGUUUUCUUAAAUGGCAUUGUGUAAAGAUCUAUCCGAUUUUAGAAGAAAGCUGUUUAGAGAAACACAGAGGUUAAUGUAUGUCACACUGCAAGAAAUAACAACCUUUAAUUUGCA